AUGUCGACGAAGAAGCUCCACCACAACCGCCACCUUCCUGAAGAAAUUAUAGUCCAAAUUUUGUGCCGGUUGCCGAUAAAACCUCUGAUUCGAUUCAGUUCCGUUUCGGAACAGUGGCAAUCUCUCAUAAUUGAGGACCCACAGUUUGCCCAAUCCCACUUCAAGCUAGCCUCCGAUCGCAAAACCCUCACCCAGAGACUCCUCAUCUCCACCAACUAUCAACUCCGAUCCUUGGACCCGGAAACGCCGUCGUUCGCAGACAACGAUUCUUCGCUCAGUAAUAUCACCUUCCACACCUAUACCAACCUACUGGGCUCCUGUAAUGGUUUGGUAUUUGUAGAUGUUGAUGGUUAUGAAAAUCAUAGCUUGUCUCUCUGGAACCCAUCAACCAGAUUCCAACGCGAAUUGCCUGACCCAUAUUUUGUGUCUGUGGCGAAUACAGAAAAGGUUAGAUCAGAAUUUGACCGUACUGGCCUGGGUUAUGUGUCAUCCACUGACGACUACAAAAUCUUCAUAGAUGCUUAUGUUUAUUCUUCACCUUUCCAGACGUUUAUGGAGAUUUUCUCAUCCAGAUUGAACUCUUGGAAACGCAUUCAAGUCUGUGGGCACGACCCACCGUGCUCUUUCAGAAGCCCCACCACCGCUAGCUUGGGGGCCCUUACAAAUGAAGCACUGCAUUGGUUCUACUACCCCAAAGUCGAUGAGGAGGAGCCAACGAUCCUUGCUUUUGAUCUGGCAAAGGAGGAAUUCAGGGAAGUUCCAUUCCCCACUUUUGAUGGUGAUGCCGAUGACAUUGAUGUUAAUCAGAUGGGGGUUCAAGUAGUUUCAAGAGGAGGAGGAGGAGGAGGAGAAGGAGAAGGAGAAUGCCUCUGUGUUUCGCUUACUAGGAAACGUGGUAGUGUUAAUUUGAUGGAAUUCUGGGUUAUGAGAGAAUAUGGGGUGCGUGAAUCUUGGAAUGUGCUCUUUAAAUUUAACACGAAUGAUGUAUCUAAAUCAUUGGGUGGAAAUUUGCACGGUUAUGAAGCCUGUUUCGUUACUGAAGGUGGUACAGUUAUAUUCAGGCUGAGGUGGGAUAGGGACAUAGUGGUGAGGAUUGAAUGCCACGGAAAAGCGGAGCCGGUUUGCAGUACCCCAUUUAACGUCAAUGAUGGGGAUGGGGCAGUGUAUGACGUGAUUGAAUACAAUGAGACUCUGCUUUCAGUACCUAACUAA